CCGGCCCAGCGCAGCCCAAGAUGGCGGCGGGCGGCGCGGGGGCCGCGGCCGGGCCCGGCUGGGACGUGGCCGUGCGGCCGCUGCUCUCCGCGUCCUACUCGGCCUUCGACAUGAAGGAACUGCCGCAGCUGCUCGCCUCGGUCAUCGAGAGUGAAUCCGAGAUCCUGCACCACGACAAGCAGUACGAACCUUUCUACUCUUCCUUCGUUGCACUUUCCACACACUACAUCACUACUGUGUGUGGUCUCAUACCCAGAAACCAGUUGCAGUCAGUGGCAGCUGCGUGUAAAGUCCUGAUUGAAUUCUCCCUGCUGCGGCUUGAAAACCCAGACGAAGCAUGUGCUGUUUCACAGAAACACCUCAUUCUGCUGAUCAAGGGACUGUGCACGGGCUGCAGCCGCCUGGACCGCACAGAAAUCAUCACCUUCACAGCGAUGAUGAAAUCAGCCAAGCUGCCUCAGACUGUCAAAACCCUCUCUGAUGUUGAGGACCAGAAGGAAUUGGCCUCCCCAGUGAGCCCAGAGCUGAGACAGAAGGAAGUGCAGAUGAACUUCCUCAACCAAUUGACAUCAGUCUUUAACCCCAGAGUCUCGUCAUCACCAUCAAUCACAACAGAGACACAGGUGGAAGGAGAGAGCGAGGAUCAAGCUGCCACAGAUCAAACCUCUGCAACAAAGACUAAGAGCAUAUUCAUUGCUCAGAACGUGGCCAGCCUGCAAGAACUUGGUGGCUCCGAGAAGCUGCUGCGCGUGUGCCUGAACCUGCCGUACUUCCUGCGCUACAUCAACCGCUUCCAGGACGCCGUGUCCGCCAACUCCUUCUUCAUCAUGCCGGCCACCGUGGCCGACGCCACGGCCGUGCGCAACGGGUUCCACUCGCUGGUGAUCGAUGUCACCAUGGCUCUGGAUACUCUGUCCCUGCCUGUGCUGGAGCCCCUGACGCCCACACGUCUUCAAGACGUGACUGUUCUUGCUCUUAGCUGUCUCUAUGCAGGUGUGAGCGUGGCCACCUGCAUGGCCAUCCUGCAUGUGGGCAGCACCCAGCAGGUACGAACCGGGUCAACAAGCUCCAAAGAAGAAGAUUAUGAAAAUGAUGCUGCUACUAUUGUACAGAAAUGUCUUGAAAUCUAUGAAAUGAUUGGACAAGCCAUCAGCAAUUCACGCCGUGCAGGAGGGGAGCAUUAUCAGAACUUCCAGCUGCUCGGGGCUUGGUGUUUGCUGAACAGCCUCUUCCUCAUCUUGAACCUCAGCCCCACGGCCUUGGCUGAUAAGGGGAAGGAGAAGGAUCCCUUGGCUGCUCUUCGCGUCAGAGACAUCAUUGCUCGCACUAAGGAGGGCGUGGGGUCUCCCAAGCUGGGACCUGGGAAAGGGCAUCAAGGGUUUGGGGUGCUGUCAGUGGUGCUGGCAAAUCAUGCCAUCAAAUUGCUGUCAUCUCUUUUCCAAGAUCUGCAGGUGGAGGCGUUGCACAAGGGCUGGGAGAGCGACGGCCCUCCAGCAGUGCUGGAUAUCAUGGCUCAGAGCACGUCCAUCCAGAGGAUCCAGCGGCUCAUAGACUCUGUGCCACUCACUAAUCUGCUACUGACUCUGCUCUCCACUUCCUACAGAAAGGCCUGUGUCCUGCAGCGCCAGAGGAAGGGCUCCAUGAGCAGCGACGCCAGUGCCUCCACUGACUCCAACACUUACUAUGAGGAUGACUUCAGCAGCACUGAGGAGGACAGCAGCCAAGAUGACGACAGUGAGCCAAUCCUGGGGCAAUGGUUUGAAGAGACAAUCUCUCCCAGCAAGGAGAAAGUGGCCCCACCACCCCCCCCUCCACCUCCUCCUCUGGAGAGCUCGCCAAGGGUGAAGAGCCCCAACAAGCAGAGUGCUGGGGAGAACGGGAACAUCUUGGCCAGCCGCAAGGACCCCGAGCUGUUUUUGAGCCUAGCUUCAAACAUUUUGAACUUUAUCACUUCUUCUAUGCUGAACUCCAGGAAUAACUUCAUUCGCAACUACCUGAGCGUGUCCCUGUCGGAGCAGCACAUGGCCACGCUGGCGAGCAUCAUCAAGGAGGUGGACAAGGAUGGCCUGAAGGGCACAUCAGAUGAGGAGUUUGCUGCUGCACUGUAUCACUUCAACCAUUCCUUGGUGACCUCAGAUCUUCAGUCCCCUGCCCUGCAGAACACACUUCUCCAGCAACUUGGAGUUGCCCCUUUUUCUGAAGGUCCUUGGCCUCUCUACAUCCACCCUCAAAGUUUGUCUGUGCUGUCCCGACUCCUCCUGAUUUGGCAGCAUAAAGCCACUGCCCAGGGAGAUCCUGAUGUUCCAGAAUGCCUUAAAGUCUGGGAAAGGUUUGUGGGCACCCUGAAGCAAAACGCCUUGCAGGGGACUCUCCCCAGUGACACAGAAGAUCUGAAUGUGGAGCAUCUCCAGCUGCUGCUGCUCAUUUUCCACAAUUUCUCAGAGAGGGGCCGCAGAUCCAUCAUGAUGCUCUGUAUCCAGACCAUUGUGGAGCUGACAGCAAACAUGGAGACCCAGCAGUGUUCUGUGCCUCUUAUUGUGGCACGGCUGCUGCUGGUGUUUGACUACCUGCUGCACCAGUAUUCCAAGGCCCCCGUGUACCUGUUUGAACAGGUACAAUAUAAUUUGCUGACUCCACCCAUUGGCUGGGUGAGUGGAUCCCAGGACAGCAGCAGACGAACAUCUGUCCCACUUUAUCAUGGCUUUAAAGAAGUGGAAGAAAACUGGACCAAACACUGUUCAUCAGACUCUGCUCCACAGCCCAGGUUCUACUGCAUCCUGUCUCCAGAAGCUUCUGAGGAUGAUCUGAACCGUCUGGAUAGCACGGUGUGUGAGGUCCUUUUCUCCAGGGCUACGAAGUACGACGAGCUCUAUGCAGCCCUCACCUCAUUACUGGCUGCUGGCUCCCAGUUUGAUACACUCAGGAGGAGGGAGAACAAAAAUGUCACUGCACUGGAAGCCUGUGCCCUUCAGUACUACUUCCUGAUCCUGUGGCGGAUCCUGGGGAUUUUGCCUCCCUCCAGAAGCUACAUGCACCAUUUGGCCAUGAACACCCCCGAGAUGAGUGACUGUGACCUCCUGCACACCCUGCGCUGGUCUUCCCGCCUGCAGAUCCCGUCCUACGUUGUGUGGAUCAAGGAUCACCUUAUCAAGCAGGGCAUGAAGGCUGAACAUGCUGCUCCUCUCAUUGAACUGACCUCCAGCAAGUGCAUCUCAGUGAAGUACGACGUGGAAAUAGCAGAGGAAUACUUUGCUCGACAGAUCUCUUCUUUCUGUGCUGUUGACUGCACAACCAUUCUCCAGCUGCACGAAGUCCCCAGUUUACAAUCCAUUUACACCCUUGAUGCUGCCAUCUCCAAGAUCCAGGUUUCUCUAGAUGAGCACUUUUCCAAGUCAGCUGCAGAAACUGAUCCCCACAAGUCCUCAGAGAUAACCAAGAACCUCCUCCCUGCUACACUGCAGCUCAUUGACACUUAUGCUACUUUUACCAGAUCCUACUUGCUGCGGAGCCUCUCGGAGGAGGCCGCCUCGGACAGCAGACCCUCCGAGGAGAAGCUGCGGGGCUACGCCGCUGUCCUGGCCAUCGGCUCCAGCCGCUGCAAGUCCAACACUCUGGGUGAGAGCCGGGGCGGGCUGGGCUUCAGGGUGCCUCCCCCGUGGGUGAAUCUUCCCACAAUGCUUCCAGUACCCAAUUUCAAAGUGAUCUCCACCGCUCUUCGAACAAGUCCAACCCUCGUCCAGAACUUACCAUCAGCUGUGCAGACCCUGUGUGAAUCCUGGAACAACAUCCACACCAACGAGUUCCCCAACAUCGGUUCAUGGCGCAACGCCUUUGCCAACGACACCAUCCCUGCAGAAAGCUACAUCAGCGCCGUGCAGGCCGCCCACCUGGGCACCCUCUGCAGCCAGAGCCUGCCCCUGGCAGCCUCCCUCAAGCACACCCUGCUGUCCCUGGUCAGGCUCACCGGGGAUCUCAUCAUCUGGUCAGAUGAUCCGAACCCGCCCCAGGUGAUCCAUUCCCUGCUGCCCCUCCUUCUGGAGACCAGCACAGAGAGUGUGGCAGAAAUCAGCAGCAACUCCCUGGAAAGGAUCUUGGGCCCGGCGGACUCCGAUGAGUUCCUGGCACGUGUUUAUGAGAAGUUGAUCACGGGGUGCUAUAACAUACUGGCCCAUCACUCUGACCCAAACAGUGGCCUGGAUGAGUCCAUCUUGGAGGAAUGUUUGCAGCAUCUGGAGAAACAGCUGGAGAGCAGCCAGGCCAGAAAAGCCAUGGAGGAAUUCUUCUCAGAAAGCGGAGAACUGGUGCAGAUCAUGAUGGCGACAGCCAACGAGAACCUCUCGGCCAAGUUCUGCAACAGGGUGCUGAAAUUCUUCACCAAGCUCUUCCAGCUGACUGAGAAGAGCCCCAACCCCAGCCUGCUGCGCCUCUGUGGCUCCCUGGCCCAGCUGGCCUGUGUGGAGCCUGUGAGACUGCAGGCCUGGCUGACCAGGAUGACCAUGUCCCCACCCAAGGACUCGGACCAGCUGGACGUGGUGCAGGAGAACAGGCAGCUGCUGCAGCUCCUGACCACUUACAUUGUUCGGGAGAACAGCCAAGUGGGGGAAGGCGUGUGCACUGUUCUGCUCAGCACUCUGAUACCAAUGGCAACGGAGAUGUUGGCCAAUGGGGAUGGCACGGGCUUUCCUGAGCUGAUGGUCGUCAUGGCAACUUUGGCCAGUGCAGGACAAGGGGCAGGACACCUCCAGCUUCAUGGUGCUGCUGUGGACUGGCUGGGCAGAUGCAAGAAAUACCUGUCUCAAAAGAACGUGGUAGAGAAAAUGAAUGCCAACGUCAUGCAAGGGAAGCAUGUGACAAUCCUGGAGUGCACGUGCCACAUCGUGUCCUACCUGGCCGAUGUCACCAACGCCCUGAGCCAGAGCAGCGGGCAGGGCCCCAGCCACCUGUCUGUGGACGGCGAGGAGCGCGCCAUCGAGGUGGACUCGGACUGGGUGGAGGAGCUGGCUGUGGAGGAGGAGGACUCUCAGGCUGAGGACUCGGAUGAAGAUUCUCUCUGUAAUAAACUCUGUACCUUCACCAUCACACAGAAAGAAUUCAUGAAUCAACACUGGUACCACUGUCACACUUGCAAGAUGGUUGAUGGGGUUGGUGUUUGCACAGUUUGUGCUAAAGUUUGUCACAAGGAUCAUGAGAUUUCUUACGCCAAGUACGGAUCCUUCUUCUGUGACUGUGGAGCCAAGGAGGAUGGCAGCUGCCUGGCGUUGGUGAAGAGAACUCCCAGCAGUGGGAUGAGCUCUACCAUGAAGGAAUCAGCCUUCCAGAGCGAGCCCCGAGUGCCUGAGAGCGUCAUCCGCCACGCGAGCACGUCCCCAGCUGAGAAGGCCAAGGUCACCAUCAGCGAGGGCAAGGGCCCCGACGAGGAGAAGCCCAAGAAGAGCAGCCUGUGCAGAAACGUGGAGGGCUGUCGAGAGGAGCUGCAGUCCCAGGCCAACUUCUCCUUUGCACCUUUGGUGCUGGAGAUGCUGAAUUUCCUGAUGGAUGCCAUCCAGGUCAACUUCCAGCAGGCUUCAGCCAUGGGGAGCAGCAGCCGUGCCCAGCAGGCUCUCAGUGAGCUCCACACUUUGGACAAAUCAGUAGAAAUGACGGAUCAGCUGAUGGUCCCCACCCUGGGCUCGCAGGAAGGUGCCUUUGAGAACGUGCGCAUGAACUACAGCGGGGACCAGGGCCAGACCAUCCGGCAGCUGAUCAGCGCGCACGUGCUGCGGCGCGUGGCCAUGUGCGUGCUGUCCUCGCCCCACGGCCGCCGCCAGCACCUGGCUGUCAGCCACGAGAAGGGCAAGAUCACAGUGCUGCAGCUCUCAGCCCUGCUGAAACAAGCCGAUUCCAGCAAAAGGAAACUGACCCUGACCCGCCUGGCAUCGGCACCUGUCCCAUUCACUGUGCUGAGCCUGACUGGGAAUCCCUGCAAGGAGGACUAUCUGGCUGUGUGUGGGCUGAAGGAUUGCCAUGUGUUAACGUUCAGCAGCUCUGGAUCAGUCUCUGAUCAUUUGGUGCUUCAUCCCCAACUGGCCACUGGGAAUUUCAUCAUCAAAGCUGUGUGGCUGCCAGGAUCUCAAACAGAGCUGGCCAUUGUCACUGCAGACUUUGUGAAGAUUUACGACCUCUCAGUAGAUGCCUUGAGUCCAACUUUCUACUUCCUCCUACCGAGUUCCAAAAUCAGGGAUGUCACUUUCCUGUUCAACGAGGAGGGCAAGAACAUUAUUGUGAUCAUGUCUUCUGCUGGCUACAUCUACACACAGCUCAUGGAGGAGGCCAGUAGUGCCCAGCACGGGCCCUUCUAUGUCACCAAUGUGCUUGAAGUCAACCACGAGGACCUGAAGGACAGCAAUGGCCAGGUGGCAGGAGGGGGGGUGUCAGUCUAUUACUCCCACGUGCUGCAGAUGUUGUUCUUCAGCUACUGCCAAGGCAAAUCCUUUGCAGCCACCAUCAGCCGGGCCAGCCUGGAAGUGCAGCGCCUCUUCCCAAUUAACAUCAAGAGUUCCAAUGGUGGCAGUAAGACUUCUCCAGCCCUGUGUCAGUGGUCUGAGGUGAUGAACCACCCUGGCCUGGUGUGCUGUGUCCAGCAGACCACGGGUGUCCCACUGGUAGUGAUGGUGAAGCCAGACACCUUCCUCAUCCAGGAGAUUAAGACCUUGCCAGCCAAAGCAAAGAUCCAGGACAUGGUGGCCAUCCGUCACACGGCCUGCAAUGAGCAGCAGAGGACCACCAUGAUCCUGCUGUGUGAGGAUGGCAGCCUGAGGAUCUACAUGGCCAACGUGGAGAACACGUCCUACUGGCUGCAGCCCUCUCUGCAGCCCAGCAGCGUCAUCAGUAUCAUGAAACCCGUGCGCAAGCGCAAGGCAGCCGCCAUCACAACUCGCACAUCCAGCCAGGUGAACUUCCCCAUUGACUUCUUUGAGCACAACCAGCAGCUGACAGACGUGGAGUUCGGGGGCAAUGACCUGCUGCAGGUGUACAAUGCCCAGCAGAUAAAGCACCGGCUCAAUUCCACGGGCAUGUACGUGGCCAACACAAAGCCUGGGGGUUUCACCAUCGAAGUGACCAACAACAACAGCACGAUGGUGAUGACGGGCAUGCGCAUCCAGAUCGGCACGCAGGCCAUCGAGCGAGCUCCCUCCUACCUGGAGAUCUUUGGCCGCACCAUGCAGCUCAACAUGACCCGCGCCCGCUGGUUCGACUUCCCCUUCACCCGCGAGGAGGCCCUGCAGGCUGACAAGAAGCUCACCAUCUUCAUUGGGGCUUCUGUGGAUCCUGCUGGAGUCACCAUGAUGGAUUCGAUAAAAAUUUAUGGCAAAACCAAAGAACAGUUUGGCUGGCCUGACGAGCCCCCCGAGGACUUCCCAUCUGCUUCCGUGAGCAACGUUUGUCCCCCAAACCUCAACCAAGGGAAUGGCACUGGGGACACCGAGUCAGCUGCCCCUGCUGCUGCCAGUGGGACUGUCCUGGAGAGUUCUGACACUGAGUCCCUAACCACCCUGGACCGGCUAGUAGUGAGUUCUUUAGAAGCGCUGGAAAGCUGCUUUGCUGUGGGACCAGUCAACGAGAAGGAGAAGAAUAAGAUUGCAGCUCAGGAACUGGCUACUGUGCUGCUGUCCAUGCCAGCCCCUUCCAGCGUGCAGCAGCAGACCAAGAGCCUGCUGGCCAGCUUGCACACCAGCCGUUCAGCCUACCACAACCACAAGGAUCAAGCACUGCUAAGCAAAGCCAUUCAGUAUUUGACUUCCUCAACCAAAGAAGGAAAGGACCUUGAUCCCGAGGUGUUCCAGAGGCUGGUCAUCACUGCUCGGUCCAUUGCUAUUAUGAGACCCAACAAUCUGGUCCACUACACAGAAUCAAAGCUGCCACAGCUGGAAACAGAGAGUGAAGAAGGGCAGGAGGCCCAGAAACACGCAGAAGGAGAGGGCUGCACCUUCAUUACCCAGCUGGUGAACCACUUCUGGAAGCUCCAUGCAUCAAAACCCAAAAACGCCUUCCUGGCCCCUGCCUGCCUGCCAGGUCUCACUCACGUUGAAGCCACAGUCAAUGCUUUGGUGGAUAUUAUCCAUGGAUACUGCACGUGUGAGCUGGACUGUAUCCAUACUGCAUCCAAGAUCUACAUGCAGAUGUUACUUUGCCCAGACCCAGCAGUAAGCUUUUCCUGCAAGCAAGCUUUGAUCAGGGUGCUGAGACCCCGGAACAAGCGGCGACACGUGACCCUGCCGUCGUCCCCCCGCAGCAACACCCCCAUGGGAGAUAAGGAUGAUGAUGACGAUGACGAUGCAGAGGACAAGCUGCAGAGCUCUGGGAUAGCAAAUGGAGAGCACAUCCGACAGGAGAGCCAGGAGCAGAGCGAGGUGGAUCACGGGGACUUCGAGAUGGUGUCCGAAUCCAUGGUUCUGGAGACUUCUGAGAAUGUGAAUAAUGGGAAUCCUUCUCCUCUGGAGGCUCUCCUGGCUGGAGCAGAGGGAUUCCCUCCGAUGCUGGAUAUCCCUCCAGAUGCAGAUGAUGAGACAAUGGUGGAGUUGGCUAUUGCCCUGAGCCUGCAACAAGAUCAGCAAGGGAGCAGCAGCAGUGCCCUUGGACUGCAGAGCUUAGGACUGUCAGGCCAAGCUCCCAGCUCCUCCUCUCUUGAUGCUGGAACACUCUCGGACACAACAGCAUCAGCUCUCUUUAUUCUCUUAGCUCCAGCCUCCGACGACGAGGGCAGCACGGCAGCCACGGACGGUUCCACGCUGCGGACAUCGCCCGCGGAGCACGGCGGCAGCGUGGGCUCGGAGAGCGGCGGCAGCGCCGUGGACUCGGUGGCCGGGGAGCACAGCGUGUCUGGCCGGAGCAGCGCCUACGGGGACACCACGGCCGAGGGCCACCCGGCGGGGCCUGGCAGCGUCAGCUCCAGCACAGGAGCCAUCAGCACCACCACGGGCCAGCAGGAGGGAGAGGGCUCCGAGGGGGAAGGGGAGGCAGAGGGGGACGUCCACACCAGCAACAGGCUGCACAUGGUCCGGCUGAUGCUGCUGGAGAGGCUGCUGCAGAAUCUCCCCCAGCUGAGGAACGUGGGAGGGGUCCGGGCCAUCCCUUACAUGCAGGUUAUUCUGAUGCUCACAACAGACCUAGAUGGAGAUGAUGAGAAGGACAAGGGAGCUUUGGAUAACCUUCUCUCCCAGCUGAUUGCAGAGCUGGGCAUGGACAAAAAGGAUGUGUCCAAGAAAAACGAGCGCUCCCCUGUGAACGAGGUGCACUUGGUGGUGAUGAGGCUGCUCAGUGUCUUCAUGUCCAGGACCAAGUCAGGAUCCAAGACUUCCAUUUGUGAGGCUUCCUCCCUGAUCUCCAGUGCCACAGCAGCUGCCUUGCUGAGCUCUGGUGCUGUUGAUUACUGUCUGCACGUGCUCAAGUCCCUGCUGGAGUACUGGAAGAGCCAGCAGAAUGAUGAGGAGCCUGUGGCCACCAGCCAGCUGCUGAAGCCUCACACCACUUCCUCUCCCCCUGACAUGAGCCCCUUUUUCCUCCGGCAGUACGUGAAGGGUCAUGCUGCAGAUGUUUUUGAGGCCUACACUCAGCUCCUGACAGAGAUGGUGCUGCGCCUGCCCUACCAGAUCAAGAAGAUUGCAGACACAAACUCCCGCAUCCCCCCGCCCAUCUUUGAUCACUCCUGGUUCUACUUUUUGUCUGAGUACCUGAUGAUCCAGCAGACGCCGUUCGUGCGCCGCCAGGUGCGCAAGCUGCUGCUGUUCAUCUGCGGCUCCAAGGACAAGUACCGGCAGCUGCGGGACCUGCACACCCUGGACUCGCACGUGCGUGGCAUCAAGAAACUGCUGGAGGAGCAGGGCAUCUUCCUGAGGGCCAGCGUGGUGACAGCCAGCUCGGGCUCUGCCCUGCAGUACGACACCCUGAUCUCCCUGAUGGAACAUUUGAAGGCUUGUGCAGAGAUUGCCACGCAGAGAACAGUGAACUGGCAGAAAUUCUGCAUCAAGGAUGACUCGGUUCUCUAUUUCCUGCUCCAAGUCAGCUUCCUGGUAGACGAAGGAGUGUCCCCGGUUCUCCUGCAGCUGUUGUCUUGUGCUCUGUGUGGCAGCAAAGUGCUGUCUGUGGCUUCAUCCUCUGGAGCUUCCAGCACCUCUUCCACCUCUGCUCCUGCAGCAUCAGGCUCUGGGCAGGCGGCAGCGCAGAGCAAAUCCUCCACCAAAAAGAGCAAGAAGGAGGAAAAGGAGAAGGAGCGAGAGGGUGAGGGUUCAGGCAGCCAGGAGGACCAGCUGUGCACGGCCCUGGUGAACCAGCUGAACAAGUUUGCUGACAAGGAGACCCUCAUCCAGUUCCUGCGCUGCUUCCUGCUGGAAUCCAACUCCUCCUCAGUGAGGUGGCAGGCCCACUGCCUGGCCCUGCACAUCUACAGGAAUUCCAACAAGUCCCAGCAGGAGUUACUGCUGGAUCUCAUGUGGUCCAUCUGGCCAGAGCUCCCAGCCUAUGGAAGAAAGGCUGCACAGUUUGUAGAUCUCCUGGGAUACUUCUCCCUGAAAACACAACAGACUGAGAAAAAGCUGAAGGAAUAUUCCCAAAAGGCCGUGGAGAUCCUCCGGACUCAAAACCACAUUCUCACCAACCACCCCAACUCCAACAUCUACAACACAUUGUCUGGGCUUGUGGAAUUUGAUGGCUACUACUUGGAGAGUGAUCCUUGCCUUGUCUGCAACAACCCCGAGGUGCCUUUCUGUUACAUCAAGCUCUCGUCCAUCAAAGUGGACACGCGCUACACGACCACGCAGCAGGUGGUGAAGCUCAUUGGCAGCCACACCAUCAGCAAGGUGACAGUGAAGAUUGGGGACCUGAAACGAACCAAGAUGGUGAGAACCAUCAACCUCUACUACAACAACAGGACCGUGCAGGCCAUCGUGGAGCUGAAGAACAAGCCGGCACGCUGGCACAAGGCCAAGAAGGUGCAGCUGACGCCGGGGCAGACGGAGGUGAAGAUCGAUCUGCCCCUGCCCAUCGUGGCCUCCAACCUGAUGAUCGAGUUCGCCGAUUUCUACGAGAACUACCAGGCGUCCACCGAGACCCUGCAGUGCCCGCGCUGCAGCGCCUCGGUGCCCGCCAACCCCGGCGUGUGCGGCAACUGCGGCGAGAACGUCUACCAGUGCCACAAGUGCAGGUCCAUCAAUUAUGAUGAGAAGGAUCCCUUCCUGUGCAAUGCCUGUGGCUUCUGUAAAUACGCCCGCUUCGACUUCAUGCUCUACGCCAAGCCCUGCUGCGCCGUGGACCCCAUCGAGAACGAGGAGGAUCGCAAGAAGGCAGUGACAAACAUCAACACUCUGCUGGACAAGGCUGACAGGGUGUAUCACCAGCUGAUGGGACACCGACCACAGCUGGAGAACCUCCUGUGCAAAGUGAACGAGGCAGCCCCUGAAAAGCCCCAGGAUGAGUCGAGCAGCAGUGGAGGGAUCAGUUCUACCUCAGCCAGUGUGAACAGGUACAUCCUGCAGUUAGCCCAGGAGUACUGUGGGGACUGCAAGAACUCCUUCGAUGAACUUUCCAAAAUCAUCCAGAAAGUGUUUGCCUCCCGGAAGGAGCUGCUGGAGUACGACCUGCAGCAGCGCGAGGCGGCCACCAAGUCCUCGCGCAGCUCGGCGCUGCCCACCUUCACGGCCAGCCAGUACCGCGCGCUGUCCGUGCUGGGCUGCGGCCACACCUCGUCCACCAAGUGCUACGGCUGUGCCUCGGCUGUCACCGAGCACUGCAUCACCCUGCUGCGGGCCCUGGCCACCAACGGGGCCAUCCGCCACAUCCUGGUGGCGCAGGGGCUCAUCCGAGAGCUCUUCGACUACAACCUGCGCCGGGGCGCGGCCGCCAUGCGGGAGGAGGUGCGGCAGCUCAUGUGCCUCCUGACCAGGGACAAUCCAGAGGCCACACAGCAAAUGAAUGAUUUAAUCAUUGGGAAGGUUUCUGCAGCUCUGAAGGGACACUGGGCAAAUCCAGACUUGGCGAGCAGCCUCCAGUACGAGAUGCUGCUGCUGACAGACUCCAUCUCCAAGGAGGACAGCUGCUGGGAGCUCCGGCUGCGCUGCGCUCUCAGCCUCUUCCUGAUGGCAGUGAACAUCAAGACUCCGGUGGUCGUUGAAAACAUCACCCUCAUGUGCCUGCGCAUCCUCCAGAAGCUCAUCAAGCCACCUGCUCCAACCAGCAAGAAAAACAAGGAUGUGCCCAUGGAUGCUCUCACCACUGUGAAGCCUUACAGCAAUGAAAUCCAUGCACAGGCUCAGCUGUGGCUCAAGAGGGACCCCAAGGCAUCGUAUGAAGCUUGGAAGAAGUGCCUCCCUGCCAGAGGUGCAGAUGCCAACGGGAAAACUCCCAGCAAAGCUGAGCUUCACCAGCUCUACUUGUCAGAAAAAUACGUCUGGAAGUGGAAGCAGUUCAUGAGUCGCCGUGGGAAGAGAACUUGUCCUCUGGAUCUCAAGCUGGGACACAACAAUUGGCUGAGACAGGUGCUGUUCACUCCUGCCACCCAGGCUGCCAGGCAGGCUGCCUGCACCAUCGUGGAGGCCCUGGCCACCAUCCCCAGCAGGAAGCAGCAGGUCCUGGAUCUCCUCACCAGCUACCUGGAUGAGCUGAGCAUUGCUGGUGAAUGUGCUGCUGAGUACCUGGCCCUAUAUCAGAAACUCAUCAAACCUGCCCACUGGAAGGUCUACCUGGCAGCCAGAGGGGUUCUGCCCUACAUUGGCAGCCUCAUCACUAAGGAAAUAGCUCGUUUGCUCGCCUUGGAGGAAGCCACACUCAGCACGGAUUUGCAGCAGGGAUAUGCCCUGAAGAGUCUCACAGGUCUUCUCUCUUCCUUUGUGGAGGUGGAGUCCAUCAAAAGGCACUUCAAGAGCCGGCUGGUGGGCACGGUGCUCAAUGGCUACCUGUGCCUGAGGAAGCUGGUGGUGCAGAGGACAAAGCUGAUUGAUGAGACCCAGGACAUGCUGCUGGAGAUGCUGGAGGACAUGACAACAGGCACAGAGUCAGAGACCAAGGCGUUCAUGGCCGUGUGCAUAGAGACUGCCAAGCGUUACAGCCUCGACGACUACAGGACCCCGGUGUUCAUCUUCGAGAGGCUCUGCAGCAUCAUCUACCCUGAGGAGAAUGAAGUCACUGAGUUCUUUGUCACUCUGGAGAAAGAUCCCCAGCAGGAAGACUUCCUGCAGGGCAGGAUGCCAGGGAAUCCCUACAGCAGUAACGAGCCUGGCAUCGGGCCCCUCAUGAGGGACAUCAAGAACAAGAUCUGCCAGGACUGUGACCUGGUGGCUCUGCUGGAGGAUGACAGUGGCAUGGAGCUUUUGGUGAACAACAAGAUCAUCAGUCUGGAUCUGCCUGUGGCUGAGGUCUACAAGAAGGUGUGGUGUCCCACAAAUGAGGGGGAGCCCAUGAGGAUCAUUUACCGCAUGCGGGGGUUACUGGGAGAUGCCACGGAGGAAUUCAUCGAGUCCCUCGACUCCACCACUGAUGAGGAGGAGGAUGAGGAAGAAGUGUAUAAGAUGGCAGGGGUGAUGGCCCCAUGUGGAGGCCUGGAGUGCAUGCUCAACAGACUGACUGGCAUCAAGGACUUCAAACAGGGCCGGCACCUCUUAACCGUGCUGUUAAAACUCUUCAGUUACUGUGUGAAGGUGAAAAUAAACCGGCAGCAGCUGGUCAAGCCAGAGAUGAACACUUUGAAUGUCAUGCUGGGGACUCUCAACUUGGCUCUGGUGGCUGAGCAGGAGAGCAAGGACAGCGGGGGAGCAGCAGUGGCAGAGCAGGUGCUCAGCAUCAUGGAGAUCAUUCUGGAUGAAUCCAACGCGGAGCCCCUGAGCGAGGACAAGGGCAACCUCCUCCUCACGGGGGACAAGGACCAGCUGGUGAUGCUGCUGGACCAGAUCAACAGCACCUUUGUGCGCUCCAACCUGAGCGUGCUGCAGGGGCUGCUGCGCAUCAUCCCCUACCUGUCCUUCGGGGAGAUGGAGAAGAUGCAGAUCCUGGUGGAUCGCUUCAAGCCCUACUGUAACUUUGAUAAGUAUGAUGAGGAGCACAGUGGAGAUGAUAAAGUUUUCCUGGAUUGCUUCUGUAAAAUAGCAGCAGGAAUAAAGAACAACAGCAACGGCCACCAGCUGAAAGAUCUCAUCCUACAGAAGGGGAUUACACAGAAUGCCCUGGAUUACAUGAAAAAGCACAUUCCAAGUGCAAAGAAUUUGGAUGCAGACAUAUGGAAGAGGUUCUUAUCUCGACCUGCACUUCCUUUUAUCCUGCGCCUGCUCCGAGGCCUCGCGACGCAGCAUCCUGCAACACAGGUGCUAAUAGGAACAGACUCCAUCUCCAACUUGCACAAACUGGAGCAGGUGUCGAGUGACGAAGGCAUUGGGACAUUGGCAGAGAACCUCCUGGAGGCUCUGAGGGAGCACCCCGAGGUGAACAAGAAGAUCGACGCUGCGCGGAAGGAGACGCGCGCUGAGAAGAAGAGGAUGGCCAUGGCCAUGAGGCAGAAGGCCCUGGGCACCCUGGGCAUGACGACAAAUGAGAAGGGCCAGGUGGUGACCAAGACUGCGCUGCUUAAACAGAUGGAGGAGCUGAUAGAGGAGCCAGGACUGACCUGCUGCAUCUGCCGGGAGGGAUACAAGUUCCAGCCCACCAAGGUGCUGGGGAUUUACACCUUCACCAAGCGCGUGGCGCUCGAGGAGUUUGAGAACAAGCCCCGCAAGCAGCAGGGCUACAGCACCGUGUCCCACUUCAACAUCGUGCACUACGACUGCCACCUGGCAGCUGUCAGACUCGCUCGGGGCCGCGAGGAGUGGGAGAGUGCAGCCCUGCAAAAUGCCAACACCAAGUGCAAUGGGCUCCUGCCAGUGUGGGGGCCCCACGUGCCAGAGUCUGCUUUUGCCACGUGCUUGGCACGCCACAACACGUACCUGCAGGAGUGCACGGGGCAGAGGGAGCCCACGUACCAGCUCAACGUGCACGACAUCAAGCUGCUGUUCCUGCGCUUCGCCAUGGAGCAGUCGUUCAGCAUCGACACCGGGGGCGGGGGCCGCGAGAGCAACAUCCACCUCAUCCCCUACAUCAUCCACACCGUGCUCUAUGUGCUCAACACAACCCGGGCGACCUCGCGGGAGGAGAAGAACCUGCAGAGCUUCCUGGAGCAGCCCCGCGAGAAGUGGGUGGAGAGCGCCUUCGAGGUGGACGGGCCCCACUACUACACCGUGCUGGCCCUGCACAUCUGUCCCCCAGAGAGGUGGCGGGCCAUCCGCGGGGACAUCCUGCGGCGCCUCCUCGUCACCUCCCACGCCCGCGUGGUGUCCCCGGGAGGGGCCAGCAGACUGGCAGACAAGGCAGUGAAGGAAUACGCCACGUACCGCUCGGGGCUGCUCUUCUGGGCACUCGUGGAUCUCAUCUACAACAUGUUCAAGAAGGUGCCUACCAGUAACACAGAGGGAGGCUGGUCCUUCUCUCUGGCUGAGUUCAUCCGACACAACGACAUGCCAAUCCACGAGGCUGCAGACAAGGCCCUGAAAACCUUCCAGGAGGAAUUCAUGCCAGUGGAAACGUUUUCUGAGUUUUUGGAUGUGGCUGGACUCUUGUCAGAAAUCAAUGAUCCCGACAGCUUCCUCAAGGAUCUCCUGAACUCCAUCCCCUGAGCCGCCAGCACGGAGAAGCUUUGGGCAGAGCCUCCACUGCUUGCCUUCCACCCCUCUGUGUCCCUCCUCGUGCAGUCUGUCCCUUUCCCAAGGAGUGCUGCAGUUUUUUGUUGGAAUAUUUUUGUUUUGUUUUCCUUUUUUUUUAUUUUCUACAAUUUUUCUUCAUGGAGUGAUUUGGAAUUCAGAUUUGUUUUAUCUUGUGUUUCAGCGCUUCUAUCUGUAAAGCCUUGUGCAUUCAAGCUGUUUGAAAGAACUUGUACAGAGAGGAAUCCAAACCAGUAAAUCUUAAUGCUUUAGUGUGCACCUCUUUGAAGUUAAAUAAACCGAACAAAUGGGUAA